AUGGUAGCUUCACUUGAGCAGGCAUUAGACUUGAACACCACAAGCUUCGAAGACAUAGUCGGAAGACUAAAAGCUUACGAAGAACGUAUUCGAGAAGAAGAAGAAGAAGAAGAAACGCAAGACGAUCAAAGCAAACUCAUGUACGCAAACAUGAAACCUCAGGAAAAUCGUGACUACAUUGGAGAAAAUAGUGGCAGCGGGCAUUACGCUUCUAAUUGCCCUGACAGACUUCCCAAACUUGAAGAGACUCAGGAAGACGAAGACGUUGAUGACACACAUGAAGCUGAACGACUCAUGAUGCACGAGGUGGUGUAUCUGAAUGAGAAAAGCGUGAAGCCAAACGAGUUUGAAAAAAUCUGUGAAGGUGACAAUGUUUGGUAUUUGGGUAAUGGUGCUAGUAACCAUAUGACUGGAAACCGAAAUUACUUUUCAAAGCUUGACGAGACGGUCACAGGAAAAGUAAGAUUCGGCGAUGACUUUCGGAUAAACAUAAAGGGGAAAGAAUCGAUCCUCUUUGUUAGUAAAGAUGGAGGGAAAAAGGUGCUUGCUAAUGUCUAUUUCAUACCAGAUUUAAAGAGUAAUAUCAUCAGUUUGGGACAAGCAACAGAGGAUGGAUGUGAUGUUUGGAUGAGAGGAGAUUAUCUGACAUUACAUUAUAAAGAUGGAAGACUCCUUGUAAAGGCAAACAGGACACAUAAUCGCUUAUAUAAAGUUAUCAUGGAGGAAUUGCAUGGAGCUGCAUUGAAGCAGGUUUUGAGCUAG